UAAUUUUAAAAAGCGCGCGGAAACAUGGGCGCUGUGGUCUUUGAAUUAUAAAAAAAUCCCCGACUUCACAGCUGUUGGCAAAUUCCACGAAUUAAUCGAAAUUUCGAGAUAGCUUUUGUUUUGCUUCUGAGGUUAUAAAACACGUGGGAGUAAAUAAACAAUGGAUGUGAUUAAUAAAUUAAAUAUUAUAGAACAAAAUAAAAAUUGGAAUGACAUAAAAGAAAUUAUAAGUACCAGAGAAUUUCCAAAAAAUGAAAAAGGAAAAAAGGACAGAAAAGUUUUAGCAAAACUUGGAGAUAUUUUAUUGAAAGAAAAAAAUCUUCCAGUAGACAUCAAAGUGCUGAUACUUAAAUGUUUUACAUUCUCAUGCUCCAGAGAGACUCAGUAUCAGCAUAAAUCAAUUAAAAUUUCCAAUGAUAAUUUAUAUGCAGAAAUAUCCUCAUCCGGAUUCUCUCCAUCGUAUCCAGAGUCAAGUUUUCCUUUCGAGCCAAUUACUAAGUAUGUAAUCGACUACUUGGCAACCUGGACUACUAGUUACCCGAUUCCUGAUGACGAAGUCCCAGUAAUCAAAGAAUGUCUUUCAUUUCUCUGUAAUUUGUUUGCUUAUGACGAACAAGAUUUAAUUGAUGAAUCUUACCGUCGCAAACUUAUAAAUGUCGGAAAUUUAUUGAGCUUUGAUUGCGCAAAGUAUCCAAUAAUUAUGAGUAGAGUUUGUUGCCUAAUUCAUAACAUUUUAAAUAUAUGGUAUAAUAAUUUUACGGAUGAAGAUAUUGCAACUUUUACUCAAGGACUAUUGAAAGCCGAUGAGUGUGGAGUUAAAUCAGCUAGAGAUGCAAUUAUAAUAUUACUUAAUAAAUAUAAUAGUUUUCAUGCCUACGAAACAUUGACGAUUGAUCUUAAAUUAUAUUUAUUGGAAUUUAUUUAUAAAUAUGUCAAGUCAGACUUGGAUUUGGUCUCAGAUCCAAGUGAAGAUCCAGGAUCUUCUAAAGUCCAGUUGCCAAAAAACUGGAUAUCAUUUCUGAUAAACCGAUUCAAGGAGAGAAGUAAUUUAAUUUUGAAGACUGAGGACACUUAUGUUAAAGAACAAAUGCAAGAACCUUCGGAAGUUAUUAUUCUUUUGGAUAUUCUGUGCGCUCUCUCCUCUGCAGAACAAGCUGAAGAAAUACGAAGUGAUACGAGUUUGUUGAUCAACAGUGUUUACCUAUUAAGAGCAGUACACAUGGCGGGAAAAGAUAAAAAUAAUUUUUUCACUCCGGUGCAAAAGCUGAGCCAGGUCGCUCCGGCGGGAAAAAAUUCUAGGGAAGAAUCUAUUGAAGAUCAUGUAGCUUUUGGAUUUAAAAGUUCUCUUAUUAGGCUGAUAGCUAAUAUGGUUUAUAAGAAGAGAAAAAACCAAGAUCUGGUACGCGAACUCGAUGGGAUCUCGAUUUUAUUAGACUGCUGCAACAUCGAUGCUCGCAAUCCUCUAAUAACCCAAUGGUGUAUUCUCGCAAUCAGAAACCUCUGCGAUAAUAAUUCAAAAAACAAAGAGUUCAUUUCAUCCUCAACAAAAAUUCGAUUCAUCGACAAUCAGGUUAUUCGCGAAAUGGGAAUAACCCUAACCGAAGAUGGGAAUCCCAUCGGGAUCGUUCCUCUCCCAGAUUGAAUGACAUUAAUAUUAAUUUAUAAAUUACAAUAUUAUAGAUUUUAUAUAAUUAAUUAUUUACUUACAGGAAUAAGAAAAGUAAAAAUAUUAAAUAAUAAUAUAAAAUAUUUGUUAUCAGUCAACGUUAAUUGAAUCUUUACGCGUGAUUGCAUAAAGAUACAUUUUAUUAUAUAUUGCCGCUAAAUAAUUUACGAUCCAAGUCCAUAAAAAAAAAAAAAUAAUUCAAUUGCUACAUGUUAUGGACAUUGUAUCUUGCAUCGAUUAAAUCGAUAAUAAGUAAUUAUAAUAAUCAUAGUAAAUAUAAAUCUCCGAAAAUUUAAGUACUUUAAUGAAUUAAUAGACAUAAAAGUAUUUUAAUUCGAUAAGUAAUAGGUAAAAGAGGAUAAUUAUUUAUUAUUUUUACUAUAAAUAUAUAUGUAUGUAUAUAAAUGUUAUCGAGUAAAUUAUGCUUGUAUAUUUUACCGAGUAUAAUCAUAUGUUAGAUAUAGCUGGUAACUCACGAAUUAAUGGACCGAGUCAACGGACAUAAAACUAUUCUACGUCUUAGCCAAUGGAGCAUGAUAAUGUUGUUUUAUGCGAAUAAAAUUUAACGAUUCGCGAUGGAAAUUAAAAAAAAUUUUUUUUUUUAAAUGUAUAAAUGAAUAUGGUGACUAUUACAUAUAUUUAUGUAAUUGUUUGUACACAAAAAAUUGAGAGUGAAUACUGAUGUUAUUUCAAUUGACUUCGUCACUCGGAAUUCCAGAAUUUGGAAAAAAACAAAAUUCGUCGGCGGAGUCAUUCUACGGAGAGAUUUUGAAGUGAUGGGAACUAUUUCAAUUUUCAUUCACUCCGAUCUGGAGUGAAUUUCACUCCGAGGGGAUUAAAUAAAUAAAAAAUUAUUCGACACGCACAAAUAAAUUUUUAUGCUGUCUUAACAUUAUUCAUUUGUGUAAAAAAAUGUUAAUAUUCUGUUAGCGGUUCUAAAAUUUGACACAUAUAAAUGUUAUCUACAACACACGUAAAGUGUUAACUUAACAUUUUCAUUUGGGUUAUUUCGAUACUUAAAAAAAUUUAUGUAUAUAUAAGCUGAAAAAUCGACUGUAGUAAAUUUAACACAUUCGUUUUGAUCCUUUAAUUAAUUAACACGCGCUCUAUAUUAAAACUACAUUUUAAAGGUGUUAUCACUUGUUUGGACGAUAGCACUGAAUAAAUAUUACUUUCAAUUAACAUUUUUUUUGUAUUGAAAUGAACUGAUCAAACAACACUAAAGCAGUAUGUUAGAUUAACACACAAAAAAGUUAAAUAUUUAACAUAAAAUUGUUUGCUGUGCAUUAAUUCCGGAUUCAAUUUGCGUUCACUCUGCAAACUAUUUACGAUGUAUAACACCAGGCAAAGAAAAUAAGGAUCUAUGAAGAUUUACUACUAUAGAAGUACGUAGAUCUAUAAUUUGUAAUAUAGAUCACAGGAUAUUUCUAAUGAUUUUGGCAGAUCGUCAUUGAAUUUAGACCUACGGGAUUUCUAAAGAUCUCCAUCGAUCUCGAAUCUUCGAUGAUUUUAGAUCUAUGGUGAUCCCAAAAGAAUUUCACUGAUCUCAGCAGAUUUCCGAAGAUUUCAAAAUAAUUUCAAUGGAGAUCUAUUUAGAUUUAUACAGCAGAUUUAUGCAGAUCAACAGCUUAUUCAAAUAAAUUUUUCUUAUGAAAGCUACAAAAAUCGCUGGAGAUCUGAUUAUUAUUAUAAGAUCUACUUUGAUCUCUAUAGAUCUGAUAGAAGUAACGUAGAUCUAAAUUUUGGAAAAAUCAGAUCUAUAGAUCAAUAAAGAUUUUAA